AUGUUCGCUUCUGCGAUGAGCUGCCAGCCUUCCCAAUCUCGCUUCUGUGAUGCUUAUCUCGCUUUUGCGAGGUCGCAUCUGCGCCCACAAUUCCGCAGAGUUGUGAACGAACAAGCACUCCAUGAUGCUCUGAAGAAACUAAUUGCUCAACAAGUCAAUAAUGCUCUCCGGGCUUUUACCAGCCAGUUACCAGUUGCACCACCAACAACUACUCCGAAUCACAAUACUUUAGAAAACCUGCAUUCUGGACUCGUUAAUUCAGGCAGUGGUGGGACUCCUAGCGAGUCUCGUGAUGGUGAACCAGAAAUGGAUAAAUAUUUACAACAACCUUGGAAGCCCAGUGCUGCUCCUGUGCCGAUUCCCAAGAAGUUUAAGAUGCUUGAUAUUCCAAAAUAUGAUGGCAAAACUGAUCCACGAGACCACAUGACUGCGUUCACAACUGGUGUGAAAGAUUGUAGAUUGCUACAAAGUGAAGUAGACCAUUUAUUAAAGCAAGGGUAUCUUACCGAACUAUUUAGUGAAAAAGGUAAGCAAGCAUACAUGAAGAACAUGCAGGAGCCCCCUAAACCUCCUUCUCCAAAAAGGACCGUUAAUGUCAUAAGCGGGGGCGAAGAAAUUUACAGCGUGACAUAUACGGCGGCCAAGAAAGUUUUAAAAGUUACAGUUACACACGGGAAGUGCGUCCGACAUGUUUUGGAGAAAAAAAGUAUUACAUUUGAUUAUGCAGAUGCGGACAGCAUGUUAACUCCACACAACGAUGCACUGAUGCAAGCUGAAGAUAAGCUAGUACCUAAGGCACAUACUUUAUCUGGCUUUGACAAUUCAAGCGUCGUGACAAAAGGGGAGGUAGUACUUACAACAUUCGCAGAAAGAGUUGUCAAAGAUACGAAAUUUCAGGUGGUGGAGAUGGAAAUGGCUAACAAUAUGAUUCUCGGAAGACCGUGGAUUCAUGAGAUGGAUGAUGUGUCGUCUACCUUACAUCAAGUUAUUAAAUUCCCAUCACCAAAGGGAAUACGCCAAAUACGUGGGGAUCAACAGACAUCCAGGAGCAUCAACUCUGUAGCAGAUUCAAGAACAAAAAACGAAGAAAAGUAG